AUACUAUAGCACCUGGACAGAACAAAAGACACCUUGAAGCAGGGGACCAGUCUCUACAACAGGGCGUCGGACUGUCGGACCUCGACUUCCAUUCCGCGAGGCUAUCCUGUCCCUCGGCCAUCACAUACUUUAUGUCCACUUUGGGUGGUGGCCAGCAUUUCCUGAGAGGAAAAUACUGGACCCGGUACAGGGUAGCCAAAGCUGAUAAUGUGAUGAGAUUGUGACCGCUGCUUUCAAAAGCAGGCUGCCACCGAGUCACGCAGCAAACGUCAGCCUCGCCGGAUGCUGAGGAUGCUGAUGAAGCCGUAUGCGUCACAAAGGACGAUGUCAGCACUGGAAGAAGAGGACACGCCGAAUUCCUAUCGAUCUGUCGCCGAUUUGACUAUACUGGUUAGCUGGAUCAUGGGUGGUAUGCAUCACUAUCGGAGCAAAUCAUCGGCGAUGACAAAAAGCACAGGGCCCCAGGCAUCGUGGCUUCGUGCCGUUCUUCCGGUCUGCAAAUUCCACUUUCUCUCUACGUAUCGGUCCAAGACUAUCCAUACACAUCGACUCUCGGCUUUCCUUUUGUGCGCCGAGCACGAGUCUGAGCCCUACGGGUAUCUUGAGGGCACAAUUGAGGUUCAUGCCACUAAGCUUCAGGAUGUCAACGUUCUAAACUGCACGUAUGGCGGAGUCUGUGCUUCGAUGGGGGUCUCCCACAUUAUAUGGAGACGCACCAAUGGCAUCAUCAUUGCUAACUAUCUCUAAGCCAAUCUUUGAGGAUGAUGAAGACCAAGAUAAUGGUAAUGAUUGAUCAGAACCGUCCUAGAGCGGACCAUGUCGGAAGCCCUCC